UUUGGGGUUUUGUUAAGCAACGUGCAGGUUUAAGCUUUAAACUCAGUAAGAAAUGAUUUUAAAGCAUGUGCUGCUUAGGAAAAAUACGAGAUUGCGAUUUCAGUGGUUAUUUAAUUAUUGAUUUUCACUCUGUGUUAUUUCUUGAAUGCAGGAGAAGACAUACUGUGGAGAGGAUAGCUUAUAAUUGUAUCAAAAUGCACAAAUGCAGCUAAUUCUAAAUUUGGUAUAACUUGAGCAUAAUAUUCCUUAAAUUUAAUUUUGGGGGAGAAUAUGAUGCAGUUACAGAAUACCAAUGCUAAAUGUUUUCCUUGAGAAAAUUAGUUUCAAAUCAAGGCUGCAUGCUGUGGGGAAAGGUUUUUCACAAAACAAGGUGUUUUCUGUAGGUACAUACUAACUUGUUUCACAGGCAGAUGUAAAUAUAAUUACAGUUUAAAUAUUUCUGGGUGGGCUAUCUGAUAGGUUAAGUUUUCAGUAAUGAACUUGAAAAAAAGCUUCUCAUAAAUGAAGCAGUGGUCUCAUUUUCCAGCCCUUGGGCCUCUUUUUGUCAAACUGAAGCCUGGUUUUUGAGUAGGAAAACACUUGGGGUUUCUUUAAGCAUAGAACACCAGCUCUAAUUCUAAAAAGUGAACUAAUCAAGUGACUUUAUUUUUAGCAGGUGCAGCUAAAAGCUGAAGUUGUAAAGCACCCAUGAGUGAGCAGCAUUAGUCUCGUACAUCCAUGGCCUCUGUGCCAGUAAUUCCAGACUCUCACAACCAUGUCUUGGCAGAGUUGGAGUGUUUGGAUCCAUUGCUUUCUGCACUCAGGCUGGAUUCCAGUCGUCUUAAGUGCACGUGCAUAGAUGUGUCAAAGAGAUGGUUGGCUCUAGGCAGCUCAGGAGGAGGACUGAACCUUAUCCAGAAGGAUGGUUGGAAGCAAAGACUCUUUCUCACUCACAAAGAAGGUGCCAUUUCUCGAGUGGCCUGUUGUUUGCAUGAUGAAGACUAUGUUGCUGUUGCCACCAGCCAAGGCCUUGUAGUAGUCUGGGAGCUGAAUCAGGAACGUCGUGGGAAGCCAGAACGGAUUUAUGUUUCCUCUGAGCAUAAGGGCAGGAAAGUCACAGCUCUGUGCUGGGAUACAGCUGCCCUUCGAGUUUUUGUAGGAGAUCAUGUGGGAAAAGUAUCAGCCAUCAAGAUUAACACAUCAAAACAAGGGAAGGCUGCUGCUACUUUUGUGAUGUUUCCUGUCCAGAUUAUAACCACUGUAGAUUCUCGGGUGGUUCAGCUUGAUUAUUUGGAUGGAAGACUGCUCAUAUCUUCACUUACCCGCACUUAUUUAUGUGAUACUGAGAGAGAGAAGUUCUGGAAGAUUGGUAAUAAAGAGAGAGAUGGAGAAUUUGGAGCAUGUUUCUUCCCUGUUGGGAAAAACAGUGGGAAUCAGCAGCCAUUAAUAUACUGUGCUCGACCUGGCUCAAGGAUGUGGGAGGUGAACUUUGAUGGGGAAGUGCAAAGCACACAUCAGUUCAAGCAGCUGCUCUCAUCACCACCUCUUCCUGUUGUAACUGUCAGGCAGGAUCCUCAUUAUACUGGUUCGAGCUGCUCUCCACAAUCUUUAUCUUUCCCCAAGCUGCUGUAUUUGACUGAGCACUGUGUGGUGACCUGGACAGAAAGAGGCAUUUAUAUUUUUCUUCCCCAAAGCGUUCAAGUCUUACUCUGGAGUGAAGUUAAAGAUAUUCAGGAUAUUGCAGUUCACAAGAGUGAGUUGUUCUGUCUGCAUACAAAUGGGAAAGUUGUACACCUCUCCCUUCUGCUGGUUGAUCGCUGCAUAGAGCGUCUGAUGAGAAGAGGAUUCUGGGCCCUUGCUGCCAGGGUCUCUUGUCUCUUCCAAAAUUCAAUUGUUUCUUGCAGAGCAAGAAAAAAUUUGCCUUUAGACAAGCUGGAGCACUUGAAGUCUCAGCUGGAUGCUUCAACCCAGCAAGAUCUCACUGUGCAACUGGAAGAACUAAUUUCAAAGUUGGAACCUCUAGAUUCUGCAUGCAGCAGUAGAAGGAGCAGUAUUUCAUCUCAUGAAAGCUUCAGUGUCUUAGACUCUGGAAUCUACCGUGUUAUCAGUCGAAGGGGCAGUCAGUCAGAUGAAGACUCAUGUUCCCUCCACAGUCAAACAUUCUCAGAAGAUGAGAGACUUAAAGAAUUUCCUGUACACCAUGAAGAUGAGCAGCUAGAACUUGAGAACGUAUCUCAUGCAUCUGUGGUGGUUGACGCUGACCGGAAUGAGACAUUUCUCCCAUUCAGUAUUCCUUUGUCAUUCCGUUCCCCAUCUCCUCUCGUCUCUCUCCAAGCUGUCAAAGAAAGUGUUUCCAGCUUUGUACGCAAAACCACAGAAAAGAUUGGCACACUUCAUAUAAGUCCUGAAUCUAGAGGGAAGCAUGAAGCAAAGGAUGAUGAGCAGCUGCCAGAACUACCUCUUAAUCCAGUAGCAUCUCCCCAGGAAGAAAAAGAGUCAGAACACCAGAAUUGCCAGCUUCCUGAGGAGGACCGUCUGAAAGAUCUCAAGGCUGCAACAGCAGAAACUAUAGCCAGGCUCCAGGAUCCCUUGGUUUUGUUAGAGCCUCAGUGUAUGAGAAGGGUCUUACAGGAAUGGCUUGUCUAUCUAGAAGAAAAAUUCAGCAAGGAGCAUUCUGCUUUGUCUGUUAAGAAGAGCAAGACUGUGUGUGCUGAAGAGCAGAGGGCAAUCCUGGAGGAAAACCUGCAAGUGGCUCCAGCUGACACAGACCCAGUAGACGAGGAGCAGAAUGGUAUUUUGGAAGACUGCAUUGAAAAGGAAAAUCCUGAUGAAACCUGUGCAAGCAAAACCAUGUGUGAAAAUGGUUCUGAUGUGACAGGGCCUCUGGGCUGUGGCUUUCAGGUGUCUCCUCCGUGUGCCAUCGAAGCUGAUGUUCUGAAAGAUCUGGUGGAGUUGAGCACUCUGUGCUUUGAGCUGCGUGUCUUUUCCUCUGGGAGUGGGGAGGCUGAGGAGAGCUCUGACACGAGUCUGCCACCAGCAGCUUCAGGGACCCUGGCUUGUAGGUUUAUGCGAAGCUUCUUCUUCCUUUUGGAUUUAACGAGAGUAAAGCAGUGUAUUAUAACUACGUGUGCCACCAGCCCUCAUAUAUGGGAAACAUACAUUGCAGGAUUGAAAGAACUAACUUGUCAUAGUCCAGUGGCUUUAGCAAUGGAAAAUGAAAAAGACAUGUUGAAAAUACUGAAGCUGCUGCAUGACCUGGGGCCAUGGGAUGGCAGCCCACUGUUGCUGGCACAUGCUCAAAGACUUUAUGACAAAUUUGGGGAAACAGCCCUUCGGCCCUUGAUCAAGUUCCACCCAUCUAUUUUACCUUCUGAUAUUAAACAGCUUUGCAGGAAUGAUCCAGCUCACUUUUUAGCAUAUUUGGAUAGUCUGGUGAAAUCAAAGCCAGAGGAUAAAAGGCCGUUUCUCCUUAGGUCUCUUCUGCAGCCAGAAUCUGUACGCUUGGAUUGGUUGUGCUUGGCAGUUUCUCAUGAUGCUCCACAAAGGACAAACACUGUGGAUGAGGAAGGAAAUCCCAGGCCACGAUCACAUUUGUUUACUUGGGGCUACAGCCAGCUCAUUCUGCUCUUGAUUAAACUCCCAGCUGAUUUUGUUAUGAAAGAGAAGAUGGCUGACAUAUGUAAAUCACAUGGAUUUUGGCCUGGAUAUCUUUUUCUCUGUCUGGAGCUGGAUAGAAGAAUGGAAGCCUUUACUAAUAUUGUUCAUUUGGAUGAUUUGAGCCUGUUGAAUGGAGAAGAUGGUUCCAUUCCAGAGACCAUAGAAGAGUGGAAGUUUGUUCUGCAUCUUGCACAGAAUCACAGCACAGCUUUCCACCACCACAGCCCACAGAAUGGGAAUGCUGUCAGCAACGGAGGCCCGAGCUGCCCAGACUGCAUCACUGUGGAAAAUGUCGCUCUGUUGCUGGCCAAGGCCAUCGGCCCAAAUCAUGCCUUGCCUCUCUUGCAGGAGUGUGGCUUGACACUAGAAUUGUCUGAGAGGUUUACUGGUGUCUGUGAGAUACUGAGAAUCGCUGAGAAAAGGCAGAGAGCGCUGAUUCAGUCCAUGUUGGAAAGGUGUGACCGGUUUUUGUGGUCUCAGCAAGCAUAGAAAGCAACUUGGGAGAACUAUGAGAACAUUUUAUACUGUAAUGACUGUAUAUUCAAGUGCCUCUUAAAUUUCACAGGCCCUUAAAAAUAACAAACUCCUGUCUAAAAGUUCAGUUAUACUAAGCCAGUCUCCAUCUGGCAGGUAUCUGACCUGGAAGUGGUGACAGUUCUUUGUUAUUCCUUUGGAGAUGGCUUUUGAACUGUGUAGAACAUAGAUCAAAACAAGCCAGUAUUUAUCUCGAAAUUAAGCUCACAGAUUGCCAAGAUGAAAAUUGCUGAAUUUAUUUUGAGUCCAUAACUUAAGUGUUCAGGGAUAUGAGCCCCUAAGUAUUAAACUGUGGUAUAUACAAUUUUUUUGUUUCUUUGUUUGGAAACAUGAGAAAACUAUUCCUGAGAAGUACCUAAGCCUACACUUGUUUAACUUACCUGUAAAUGACAUUUACCUUUACUGUUGCUGUAGAAGUUUGUUAUGGUACCCGUUGGUUUUUUCCCCUUCUUAAUUUAUAUGGACAGACCUUGCCUAUUUGAAAUACAUUAACUAAGCCAAAUCUUAAAAUGGGAGGAAAAUAUUUUAAAGUGGA